UGGCUCAGUGGACAGCCCGUUCGGGCUCCACUGCCUUCGUUAAGCUAUCCGUGUCCGUGUCGUUGUGUGUCCCUGUCGUGUCCGGUCCUGUCGCCUCGGGUUGUUUCCCGGCUUGUGUGCGCAGUCUAGUCUGGAGGACCCUGAGCGCACGGACUGUCCGGUCCUGAACCUGCAGAGACAUGGGAGCCGUUCUGGGAGCCUUUUCUCUCGCAAGCUGGGUGCCGUGCCUGUGCAGCGGUGCAACAUGUCUGAUGUGCAGCUGCUGCCCGAGCACCAGGAACUCCUCUGUGACCAGGAUCAUCUACGCCUCCAUCCUGCUGCUGGGGACCAUCGUCGCCUGCAUCAUGCUGUCGCCGGGUGUAGAUGAGCAGCUGAAGAGGAUCCCAGGCUUCUGUGAAGACGGGGCUGGCUCUUCUAUCCCCGGCCUGCAGGCCGACGUCAACUGUCAAAUGUUUGUGGGCUACAAGGCAGUGUACCGCAUCUGCUUUGGCAUGAGUAUGUGGUUCCUGGGGUUCGCCCUCGCCACGAUUAACAUCAAGAACAGCAGAGACCCCCGAGCCGCCAUCCACAAUGGAUUUUGGUUCUUUAAGUUUGCUGCCUUGGUGGCCAUCACAGUCGGUGCCUUUUAUAUUCCAGAUGGGCCAUUUACAUACACGUGGUUUGUCGCGGGCUCUGGUGGAGCUUUCUGUUUCAUUCUGAUCCAGCUGGUGCUCCUGGUGGACUUUGCCCACUCGUGGAACGAGUCCUGGGUGGACAGGAUGGAGACUGGCAGCCCCAGGAGCUGGUAUGCAGCUUUGCUGGCGGUCACAAUUGUCAACUACAUCCUGUCAUUUACUGCUGUGGUGCUGUUCUUUGUGUUCUACACCAAGCCUGAUGGAUGCUUCAUCAACAAGUUCUUCAUCAGCUUCAACAUGUUGUUCUGCAUCACAGUCUCUGUUAUCUCUGUGCUGCCUAAAGUACAGGAGUCUCAGACACAUUCAGGUCUUCUACAGUCCUCCAUCAUCACCCUGUACACCAUGUAUCUGACCUGGUCUGCCAUGACCAAUGAGCCUGACCAAGAAUGCAACCCAGGUCUACUGAAGAUCUUCCAGCAAAUUGCGGCCCCCACCCCUGCUCCCCUGGAGAUAGAGAACCAGACGGCCGUGGUGAUCAUCGGCACCGAGGAUCCAGUCUUGACGUCCCCGUACCUGCAGUGGUGGGAUGCCCAGAGCAUCGUGGGGCUCGCGAUUUUUGUCCUGUGCAUCCUCUACUCAAGCAUUCGUUCGUCCAGCACCAGCCAGGUGAACAAACUGACCAUGGCCUCCAAAGACUCGGCCAUCCUGGCUGAGGGCGGAAGCAGCCCCGACCUCUCAGAGGAGUCCACAGGACCCAGGCGGCUCGAGGACAAUGAGCGAGACAUGGUCCAGUACAGCUACUCUUUCUUCCACUUCAUGCUCUUCCUGGCCUCACUUUACAUUAUGAUGACCCUCACAAACUGGUACAGCCCGGAUGCAGACUACACCAUCACCAGCAAGUGGCCAGCAGUGUGGGUGAAGAUCACCUCCAGCUGGGUGUGCUUGAGCCUGUACACGUGGACCCUGGUGGCCCCCAUGAUCCUCACCGAGCGAGACUUCAGCUGAUCACUCCGUCCUCCACUGACCAAAAGCUGACCAUGUUGCCUAAAUCUCAAUCUUCAAGUAGUGGUAUUUACUGAAGUGAAAGCAAGCUAUUUGUGUGUGUAUUGUGAACUAAAUACUACUAUGACCUGUAAAUCAAAUAUAAGGUCAUGGUCCAGCAAUUCAACAUAGUCAGAUUUGACUAAAUACAAAUAUAUUUUCAUUGUUAAAAAUACAGGUGUAUUACAGUAAUAAUAAUGACUGUUUGUAAACUGCAUACAGUGGAAAGUCCAUAUAGUUUACUGCUAUACUAAUGACUGUAAACCAGUGUUGGUAAAACUGGCACAUUCCUGCAAUACGUCUCAAAGUCAUUACAGUUUCAGUCAAUGAAGUUUCUGACCAAUAUCUAUGGACUAAUGGACCAAUGUUUGACUGUAAAGGUGAGAUGUGAUGGUUUGAGGUUGUAAAUAUAUCCUUACAGGAACAGACUUGCAUUAGACACAAUCUGAAAGAUUUCUUUGAAGCUGAUAUGAGUGAUAAUGUUAUUCUUUGUGCAUUAUAGCAUGACUCCAAACAAUAUGCAAUAGCCUUAAUGUUUAUAAUGAUUUUACUUUCAAAGAAUGUCAAGAAUGUCUUUUUUUAAUCUUGUAAAGUGAAGUUUUGUAAGAAAUGUAUGCUAAUGAAUAUAAAUGAAACCAGGCUUCUAUGAUACAGACGCUGACCAAAUGCCUUGUAAGCCAAAGUGAUCUAGUCAGUAAAUGCUAUUUACGCCUUG